UUUAAGAACAGAACCUCCAGAAACCGAUUCGCGCGGCCAAUCGCGUCUCCAUGGAGACCAGCGGAUACAACGGAAACGCGGUCGGGUCGGUCCACCUGUACUCAGCUCCUGGGCCGGGAAUCGGGCCACUGCUAGGCGCGUGGAAGAAAGUUAGGAAAGGUUUGUUCUCCUUCUAAUCAUGUAAAUUAGCUAUAGCUUAUGGUUUAUAAAAAAAUAACACGCUGGCAGCGGAUCAGGCGGAGUGAGUGACCGAUAACGUGGAUUGAUCAGUAACUAGGUGAACUGAGAGUGAGACGAUCACCUGCCAACUGAGUCAAAAGUGAGAAAAGAGAAGACGAGUGGAGUGAAGAUCGUUUUCGUUUAGUUUAUUUUUUAAACAAAGCAGAUUCACGCUCACUACUUUAAAUUUCCCUUUAGUUUUUCCGAGAACCAGUGAGAGUCAGGCGGACGGACGGAGUGAGUCAGUGACUGAAAUGCGGCACGACUGGAUCCACCGCAGCAAUAGUUUAUUUCCCGCUGAGAUGCACAUUACUUAUGUUGCCCUGUAAGUUUUGUUUCUCCUCUGUACACAAGAACCCUUUUUAGCAAUGAAUGUCACUGAGGUCGAGGAGCACAUUUCACAGAAAUAUGAAAUAAAGAGAAGACUUGGAAAGGGGGCCUAUGGGAUUGUGUGGAAGGCUAUUGACCGCACAACAGGAGAUGUUGUCGCAGUCAAGAAGAUAUUUGAUGCCUUUAGGAACAGAACAGAUGCUCAGAGGACGUUCAGAGAAAUCAUGUUUCUACAGGAGUUUGGAGACCAUGCCAACAUCAUCAAACUCCUUAAUGUCAUCAGAGCUCAGAAUGAUAAGGACAUUUACUUGGUGUUUGAGUAUAUGGAGACAGACUUGCAUGCAGUGAUAAAGAAAGGAAAUCUGCUCAAGGACAUCCAUAAAAGAUACAUCAUGUACCAGAUACUCAAGGCCACCAAAUUUCUGCACUCGGGCAAUGUUAUCCACAGGGACCAGAAGCCUUCCAAUAUCCUGUUGGACACAGACUGCUUUGUGAAGCUGUGUGAUUUUGGCCUGGCCCGUUCUCUCUGCCAGAUGCAGGAGGAUCCUGGGAACCCAACACUGACAGAAUAUGUUGCAACACGAUGGUACCGAGCCCCCGAAAUCCUGCUGGGCUCCUCCAGGUACACAAAGGGUGUGGACAUGUGGAGUUUGGGCUGCAUCCUGGGAGAGAUGCUCUUGGGGAAACCACUUUUCCCUGGAACCUCCACAAUCAACCAGAUUGAGAAGAUCAUGACCGUCAUCCCUCAUCCCACUGCAGAAGAUGUAUGUUCCAUCAAGUCGGAGUAUGGUGCGUCAGUCAUUCAGAGGAUGAUGCUACGACCACAGGGUUCUCUGGAGAACAUCUUGCCAUCGUCGGUACCCCCUGAUGCCUUGGAUCUUCUGAGAUGCUUGUUGGUAUUCAACCCUGAGAAAAGACUGACUGCUGAACAAGCCCUACAGCAUCCUUACGUAUCCAAAUUCCACAACCCUGCUAAGGAACCAAGUCUGGACUAUGAUGUCAUUCUGCCAGUGGACGAUGACGUUCAGCUGUCUGUAACACAAUACCGCAACAAAUUGUAUGAGAUGAUCCUGGAGAAGAGAUCCAGCCUGCGGUUAGAGCGCCUUGCCCAGAGGAAGAAGGAGGAGUCUAGGUUGAGGGACGGGUGCAAGGGUGGGGCUGAUGGGGAAAACCAGCAGAUCCAGUCAUCUGUGAAGCAGAGAGAUUCUCCUGAAGCCCAGCCACUGCCCUGCAAGCCCUCUACAGCCUUCAUAUCCACUCAGCUGGGAGAGGACAAGACAAGCCCUGCAGUCAGCCCCAAAGUGGACAAGGCCUUGUACAACCCAAUAACACACAGUCCCAUCUUUUCUCACUCUGCAGAUGGUGUGUUAAAGCCAACCUACAAUUCAGUAGUGCAGCCCUACAACCAGCUCUCCACGACUGCCAGCAAGAAACUUGUUAGGCAAGCGAGCCAUGAGAAUAUAGCAGUGCGGCCAACAGAGGGCGCGAAUGGCAGUACUGUCCCUGCCGCAGCAGAGCAGGAGCCACGAGGUCGCUCAGCCCCAAUGGGCCGGACGCGCUCCUUUUCACUAACAUUCACGUGCCCCCAGCUCAACCCGCUGCUUCGGAGGGAUGAACCUAACUUGUCAUCAGGGGUCUCUGUCACUGCUGUGCACCUGAACCAGCGAUCUCCAUCCCAGCAACAGGGGGUGCGGCCUCCUCCCAGGUUCAGCAAGAAGGUGUUUCAGAGUAACUGCAAUGUGGGGGCAGCAGGAGACCCUAGAGCUAAGCUUGGCAGUUACUCCCAGGCUUAUGGCACCAUCAACAAGACAGAACUAGAGAACUUGCUGAGGAGUCAGCUGAACCAGUGAUAGGGAGCAGAAGGAAACCACAGACUAAGACAGACAUGGGGGAACAGCAAGGAGAGAUUGAAAAAGACUGGAACUUGAUGACUUGCGAAGCCAAGGGGGGAACAUGUUAGAGUUAGAAGUACAAAAGCAAUAGAGAAACCG